CCUACAUCUACGUACACGUCUGCGGAUGGACGCUUGCUCAAUUCAUACCUGCCUUUCAUACAUACGAAUCUUGAACGACAUCAAAACCGUACCAGGCAACGACCUUCGCCUUCGUCGCUCGUGGGUUGGCCGUGUCGAGCUGAGCGUACGAGACAGGAGCCUUCUCUCGUUAUCGGCGCUCUCCGCGCGUUCAUGUGCGGCGAUGCCCAGCCACCACCAGAUAAAUGCGUUCUUUCCCUGUUCACCCAUUGAUAACAUCGCACACUUCAUUCGCAGCAUGUGUGUGCCGCCGCGCUCACCGAUCACCAUCGUGGGUGUCAAUGGUGUCAAUACCUUACACUGCUACAUGAAUGUCGGUUUCUCGUCGUCUCAAAACUCGUGUGUAGGCCGUGUCGAGCCGGGCGUACGAGACUCGAGUCAGGCGAACUCAAGUUAUCGGCGCCCUCCGUGCCUCUGGGCGCGGCGAUGCCCAGCCACCUCCAAGCAAAUAAGCUAUCCGUGGCAUUUUUUUUUUGGGAGAACGUCGAGCUCGGGAGCAGUUAUUCCAGAGGCUCGUCGCCAUGUGGGAAUUGCCGUACCCCGGUCUAGUGACCCAGCACUCAUUCUGAUCUGGACCCUUACGGACCCCAUGGGCAUCGCAAAAAUCGUAUGUAGGCCAUAUCGAGCCAGGGCGUACGAGACGAGGGCUCGUCUUCUCGUUAUCGGCGUCCUCCGUGCACACAUGGCUGUGCAGUCCAUCAAGAAGUGCUGUUCGCGAAAGACACAAACAUUCGGCGCGCGAGGAUGGGGAUAUAACGCACUAGAUCCCGGAACACUUUUGCGACAGGAAACGGAAUAGUCCGAGUGCUUCAAAUUGCUAUCGAGAGGGAGACUCAGGCGUCCUCUCUACGUGUGUCCAUCGCUCUACAGCCUGCGGUGUGGGUUUGCAGCGCAUGGUUAUUCGAGCCAGGAGCGUAUCGAAGCCCUCGUCCCUUUUUGGGAGCCAAAGCCUCUAGUCGCACUGUCGCACGCGUCGCGACCGAUCCGCGCGCUGUAGCGUAUCCGUUGGCCGCGUCGAGUCGGGGCCCACGAGGCGAGACGAGCGCUCGUCCCGCUCGGGUCCAGCGAAUAGGAGCUGGCCGUCGUUGCUGGCCUGCAGGGCCAUCGACGGCGCUCGCUAUCGGGGCCCCUCCGUGCACGUAUACGUGCGCGGCGAUGCACAGCAGCCUCUCAACGCACGGACGAACGAGCAAGCACUCGAUCACCUGAUGGGAUGGGGUGCCCCCUCACUGUGUCGGCCUCCCGCGUCUGGCUAUAUACGUAUGUCAUCGAGGCUCUGGCCUGCGCAGCAAUGCGUACGUGCGUGUAGGACGCGUCGACCGGGGCGUACGAGGCGGGGGUUGUCCCGGCCCCACCCCGGCGCAGGGAUGAUUGGACGCGCAGGCACCCUUCGCUAUCGGCGCCCUCCGUGCGCAAUGCACGGCGGCGUGGCUGAGCCACGACCCCAGGCACACACUUUCUUUUUUGUCUUUCUCUCGGGAAAGAAAGGGUGUUCAAGGCGGGGGCUGGGGAUCGCUGACCCAGGUCAGGUCUGUUGCAGCUCGCGGGCUGUGGUGCGCAGCGACCGUGCCGUGAUUGCGGGCCUGCCUGCGCGAUCCCAUGCAGUCCGCGAGGGCGGGGACAUCGCGCGCCGAAUGCUGUCUUGCGCAUGCUCGGUAGAGUCUGUGGGAGAGGGAGGUUGCUGGGACUCCAGUUUAGAGACAAUUCGCUGCGUAAUGUAUCGCGCGCCGAGCGCGCGAUUUUUCGAGUCUGGAAUCGAUAUCCCGCGCAGGCUUGGGUUCGCACAGGAGCGUGAGAUGGAGGAGGGCGUGAGUGCAUGGACGGCUUGAGGAAGGGUAUCGGGGAUGGGCACGAGGAGGUGGAGAGUUGCUAUUAGCAGUUGAUUGUCCAAAAACCUCACCAUUUGGUGCAAUGGCACACCGCUUGGGCGAUUGACGAGAAAAC